ACCACCACUCGCAGCUCGCACUCGACCCCAGAAGUGCAGCGACUUCGCCUCGGACCUCUCUCUUCUCUUCUCUCUCUGCGGUCUCGUGUUCUAACGGAGUUUUCGUCGCCUGGUGGUGUUUUGUUUCCCUCCCGCGGAUCCAGGAUGGUGAAGGUGUCGUUCAACUCGGCUCUGGCCCAGAAGGACGUGAAGAAGGACGUGGAGAGUCUUCUCCCCGACGAGGACGAGGACAAAAAUGAGGAGGUGGUCGCCCCGGUGCGUCCCACGGCCUGGUGCUGGUGCAUGUGUCUGGGUCUGGCCCUCAUGCUGUCCGGCGUGGUGGUGGGAGGAGUCUACCUGUACCGCUUCUACAACCCGGAGGUGAGCAGCCGGACCUGGCAAGGGUGGGAGAGCAGCUCCUACGACAGUGAGGACAGUCCAGUGUUUGUGUGCGGGGUGCACUACCGCGAGCAGGACUACAUGAUCCGGGAUGAAGAGGAGCUUAACGUGGAGCUGCCAAGUCCAUUCCUCCUGCGGCAGCUGAAGGAGCGGAUCCAGAUCCUGGAGAAGGAGCAGGUGGAGCUCAUCAGCGUCCCUGUGCCCGAGUUCGUGGACGGAGACCCGGCGGACAUCGUCCACGACUUUGACAGGCGGUUGACCGCCUACCUGGAUCUGAGUCUGAACAAGUGCUACGUCAUCCCGCUCAACACCUCCAUCGUCAUGCCGCCCAAGGACUUAAUGGACCUGCUCGUCAACGUCAAGGCCGGCACAUACCUGCCCCAGUCCUACCUGGUCCAUGAGGAGAUGAUCGUGACGGAGCGCCUGGAGCACGUCGACCAGCUCGGCUUCUUCAUCUACAACCUGUGCCGCGGCAAAGACACCUACAAGCUGCAGCGCAGAGACAGGAUUCUGGGAAUGCAGAAGCGUGAGGCUCUCAACUGCCACAAGAUCCGUCACUUUGAGAGCUCGUUCGUGGUGGAGACGCUGAUCUGUGAGCAGUAAAGACGCCCGGGCGCCUCACAACUGCCCCUAUAAAGUCACUGGUGUGUAGCGAGGUUGUGUUUCUGAAUCCUCACCUGUCCCUUUUGUUAUGUUCUUUCCUUUACUUCAGGUAGCUUGAGUGAGUGAGAGGAGUGAAAUGUGAAGCUGUUCAUUGAUUGUUGAAAUUUAAAAAAAAAAAAGGGGGGAAAGACGUGUAUUUUUCCAUUUUUCUGAUAUUGGGGGGCAUUAUCUUUACAAGAUGAGUGUAAAACAGUAAAUUAUUAUAAUCAAACAUGAACGUGGGUUAAUUUACAGUUUGCCUUUUUCUUUCUGUCCAAAUGAAAUUUUAAAAUAAAGGGCAUCUUUUUGUACACCUCAUCCAGGUCUUUGAAAUGGAUUAGUCCAGUUUUGUUUUUGUUUUGUAUUCUUCUGCUGUAGCAAUUAUUAUUAAUACACUGCACCUGUUUUUUCUUACCUGGAAAAUGAAACGUGAGCGUCGCUCACAGGAAACACACGCUUAAAUCCCUUUUUCAACAGAGUUCUGUUUCUUUUCUUUUUUUGAAUGUAUAAUUCUUUGGGAUAACUCUUCUUGUUGUACUAAUUUGUGUAUAUAAUCUCUUUGAAGAUGUGACCAGACCAACACAAUAAAAAAUAAAAAAACAGGAAAAAAAA